AUGACGUUGAUCGUGACGGAGGUGAAGCCGAAGCCGCGGCAGUUCGGCGACCGCUUGGCCUUCCAUGCGGUCGUGUUUCCGGCAAAACAUGGCGACCGCGUCAUGAAAUGUCUCGUGAAGACGACGUUGUCUUUGAGAGACAUGGGAUAUGCCCAUCUCAAGCGCAUGAAGAAGGGUAUCGACGCAGGAACGCUCAUCGCCCUCGUCUCCGUCGACGCGGAUGUCCACGCUGCGGUCGUUGCAGCGCUGCAUGACGUCGACGGACUUAAAUCAUGUAAGGUGGACGUACCAAAGCAUGCCGCGCUGUCUAAAGAAGAAUUCGCAGAAGGCAACGCCGUCUGGCCCAUGGUUUUCCAUCUCCAUCCCACGACCGCUCCGCUCUCUGCCGAAGACGCCACGACCUUCGUCUCCACAAUGCAAUCGCUUCUUCAAAGCAACGACACAAGCAUUGCCACGACAGAUGGCGGAUGUGCAGGUUCCCACUGCCUCGUAGUGCACCCCCACGCUCCUUUGGACAUCGUAGCGUCGGCCUCGAUUCCACCGACGCCAUCAAAGAAUCCACUCAACCAGCACGCCAUCAUGCGUGUCCUGGACGCGAUUGCCGCGCAGCAUGCAGCCCAAGGUCCGUCCAACGCGUAUCUGUGCACGGGCCACGACGUGUUUGUCGCCAUUGAGCCGUGCGUGAUGUGCGCCAUGGCGCUCGUCCACAGCCGCGUCGGCCGGGUCAUCUACCUUCAGCCGAAUCCGACCAGCGGCGCCUUGGGCUCCCGCUACUCUCUUCAUGGCCACGAGUCGCUGAACCAUCGCUACCGUGUGUUCCAUGUCCAUCAUGACGACGCCAAGUAACUUCGUCGCCAUGGCAUAAAUCCCGGAAUGUAUAUUUUGUAGCAGAUAUAGAUCGGUUAACUUUUCAACACAUUCCAGAUUUGAUUUCUCAAAAUGGACGUUUCUUCUCAA